ACACCGUGUUUGAUAAAUUUUACACGCAACACUGAAUGUAACCCAUGCUCGUUUCGCUUCUAUUACAUUUUCAUACAGCUGUCAUUCAGUCGCACAUUUAGUCGAGAAAAUAUUUUGCUUUUUUUAUGAGUGGCUUAAUUCGACGAAAUUGAGUGAAAACUAAAUGAAAGUUAAAAUUGAUUGAAAAGGGAAUGUUUUAAACCCUUGCGGCAUUUGCAUCAAUCUAGAAAUUUUGGACUUAAUGGAAGUGAUCAAUUCCAUUUCGUGCGAAAUGUGUAAUACGACUACGUGUUUAUGUAAAUUUUUGGUCGUUGAGAUACAUUGUAACUGCGUUGAAUUAAACAUAAUACGACAGACGAUUAGUGUGUUAUUAUAAUCAAUCUAGUGCAAGUCUCAGUGAUCCGUAUUGUUAAGGAGUUAUCGUUUGUAGAUUAUACGUUCAACACAUAACCUCAUUCAAUAAAUCAUUUUUCCGUUUCGCAAUUUCAAUUGCACACCUUUCACCAUUCACUUUUCAUCUCUGCGACAGCAUAACAUAUUUACGUGAGAACGCAAAACAUGGCAUCGAGAAGGCAGAAAUUUAAGCCGCUAGCAGGCAUUCAAAAGGCACGCAGGGCACAAAACACUGUCAGCGAAUCGAUAACAAAAGACCUCAUCAAAAUCGAAGACACUGUUUCCGUUAAAAUCGAGGACAACACCACGGAACGGAGUGUCACGACUGAACAGACCGUUGACGCAACCAGUGAUGAUGUUCCAUCGAAACCGAGCGAAAAUACCGAUCAGCAUAGUGACAAACCGAUUGAUCCGCCGGAAGAAAAACCACAAGUCAAUGCUGCACCGAGACCACUGCGAAGAUCAAUCAAACCAGCUGUUGUCAUUCCUGAUAGACGUCGGAAAGUAGCUCCAACGGUCGAAGUGAAGGCCGAAGAGAAUAGUGAUAAAGUACCAGUUGCAGAGCCUGUGGAGAAGAUUCUUCAAAAAGCACCGAGCCCAGCUACUCCAUUGGCUCCAUUAAAACUGAAACAGGAAAACUCGGAUAAUAUCCAGAAGCCAAUUACAUCGGAAGACACAUUCAAAUCUCCGUUCCUAUCACCGUCCAUCUCCCAUCAGAAGCGGCCAGAAUUUGUAUAUAAUCCACUGGAUCAACAGAAUGCCGAAUGCUCCGAUGAUCCAACUAAGUCUCCAGUUUAUUCAAAUAAAGUUCGGCAACGAAUUCGUCCGACGCCGUAUUUCGGACGUAGGAACAGUGUACAGGGAGCUAUAUCGGAGUCUGAUGAUGAGUCCAACAAACGUCAGCGACAUUUGAGCACCAGUUCGAGCCACAGCAAUUACAACAUCAAUAACAAUGCGACACCAAAAAUUGUAGAAAAUACUCGUAUGCGAACAGAGUCUGUCUGUUCGAACAUUUCAGAGGCUGGAUUUCAAACAUUUUCGAAACCGAAACGCAUUGCACGCUCCGAAGAAUUUCAACGCAUUGCCAAUGCAAAAAAGGAAUUUCAUCAACGCUUCAACGGCAAAACUCCGGAUAAGCAGCAUUUAACGAUGUACGACAUGAUUUACUACAAUCCCGUCACAAAUCCUUUGAAGAAUCCGGCUGGCAAAUCCCAUGAAAUCAAGGAUCGACGAUCAUCGUCUGCGUCUAGCGUGCAUAGUGUCGCUUCGAUACGGAGCAUCAAAAGUGAAGCGAAAACAUCGGAAGAUUCGAUCGAACCGGAAAUGGCUCCGGUACCACAAUUGAAACUUGGGCCGAAUGGUGAGAUCGUUUUGGAUGAAAAAAGUUUGGUCAUUGAGACCACCGGUGAUAAGGAAGCUAGGGAGACACUAGCCAACGCUGAUAUUGUAUAUGAUGAUGAGUUUAGCGGUUCUACCGGAUUCUACAAGCGGCAGAAAAGAACACGUGAGUGGGAUGCACACGAAACCAUCAAAUUUUAUCGAUGUUUACAUUCGGUCGGUACUGACUUUUCGUUGAUGCUGAUGCUGUUUCCGAAUCGAUCGAGGCGAGAUUUGAAGCUUAAGUUCAAAAAAGAGGAGAAAACCAAUUUGGCUUUGAUCAACAAAGCGUUGCUGCAUCCCAAGGAGUUCAAUAUUGACGAACUGAAAGUGGACUUGGAACGCGAAGAAAAGGAACUGGAGCAAAAGAAGCGUGAAUGGGAAGAAUUGAAGCAGAAGCAUGCCAAGGAAAAGAGGGAACAAUCACGAUUGCUAAAGCAAAGGAAUAGAAAGAGCAUAGCAGCCCGAAACAUUGCCGGCUCGGACACUAUAUACGAUCAUGAGUUUGCUGUUGCGCCUAGGAAAAAUCGAAAGCUUGGAGCUUUUGUUGCGAAUACCGCCAGCAGUUCCGCUUUCACCAACCCACAUCCGAAGCCAACUGUUGAAGAGAAACCGACAAUAACGGUCAUUAAGAAUGAAUACCUCAUGCCUAAUGCCGAGAAAAAGAGGAUACCAGUUGGUCCGUUGUCUCCGCAAGACAUUCUGAACAUGGACAUCGUCUUUGCCGAUACAGAUAAUACGGAUACUGGUGCAGAACAAUCGCGAGUUACAUCACCGACAAACACUGUACCAGCGACAGACGGUGCUGUCACCAGUUCCGACAACAGUUUCGUAUUCGUCGAUUGUCAAAGUGCACCGAUCGAAAGGACCAAGGUCAAAGUGGAGAAAGACGAUCGGAAUGUGGACAAUGAAGAGAGUCUAACUGAAAUGGAACAGGACGACGAAGGCGAUUCGAACAACGAGUCCAUUGAUUCGUUGUCGAUGAAAGAACUGGCGGUGGUGGCCAGUCACAGUGUGGAUGAUCCGAACAAUGUCAUUUAUGAGGUGUACGCUGUGUCGGCAACCACUGGUGAACUGAGUGAUAAGCCGUUAGAUUUACCCCCAGAUGUCGUUGAACAGAUACGGUUGUCGAUAGGUGUUUAGAGUGCAUUUAAUAUCGCUGAUGAUCGAUGAUGAUGCCUUUGAAAGUUAGGAGCGCGAGACUUUUUUGAUACGGAAGGAAUUUUGCAUUCUAUUUUGUGGCGCGAUUUUCAUACAAAUUCAUUUUGUUUUUAGAUUUUAUUUAUUGAAAAUUUAGUUUGUAAGAUGGAGAUUUUCGCGUAAGAAAAUUUCUGGAAAAAGCCGGGAAAGUAAUUGUUUGAAUAAAAACAAAAUUAACAGAGAAAAAA